AAGAAGUUGUCACAGAAAAAAAAUCAAAAAAGAAGAAAUCUAAAGAUGCCACUGAAAAGAAGAAACGGUCAAAAAAGAAAAAGAAAAUACUGCGGCCGAUGGAUAGUGGUGGUGAAGUCAGUAAAGAUAGCGACUCAGCAGCCGUUCAACAAUCUGACCAUGAGGCUGAAGAAAUAUCUCCUAAAGAGAGAAAGAAAAAGGCUAAGGCACAAGAUAAGGAACGAACAUCUGAUGAAAUUUGUGCUGAAUAUGGAUUAAAUAAUGUUGAUGUAGAAUUCUGUGCAGAAGAUUAUCAAACACUGAAUAAUUACAAAGCAUUUAGUCAGUUUAUACGGCCGUUGAUUACAAAAGAAAACCCCAAAAUUGCCAUGGCAAAAUUGAUAACCAUUGUGGCUGCAAAAUGGCGGGAAUUUUGUGAGAAGAAUCCUCACAAGUCUAAGGCGAAACAACGAGCUAUGGACGACGAACAGUUGGAUGCAGUGCUUCGUGAAAACCAGGAAGGCGAAGGAAGUGAAGCGAUGGACGAGAGGAGCCCUACAAAGACUAAGAAAACCAAAACUAAGAAAGCUGUAGCUCCAUUGAAAAUAAAAAUUACUAAGAAGAAAAAGAGAAGGAAGGCUAGUACCGAUGAUGAAGAUGCUGGUUUUAAUACAAGUGAUGAGGAAUUUGAACGUCAGUUAGAGGAAGCCAGCAUUAUCAGUGACAGUAAAGCUGAGGCAAAUGCUGGUAAAAGAAGAACAAAGAGAACUAAAGCUAAGAGGAAAAAAACUAAGACAACCAGCAAAUUCCCUGAUGAUGGCGAUGGUGAAGGAUACGAGGUGACUGACCAUCAAGAUUACUGUGAAGUGUGUCAACAAGGGGGUGAAAUAAUUCUGUGCGACACGUGUCCCCGUGCAUAUCAUCUUGUCUGCUUGGAUCCUGAACUAGAAGAGGCGCCAGAAGGAAAAUGGAGCUGCCCUCAUUGUGAGGGAGAAGGCAUUCAGGAACAGGAGGAGGAGGAGGAGGAACACAUGGAGUUUUGCUGUGUAUGUAAAGAUGGUGGCGAGCUGCUGUGUUGUGACAAUUGCCCUUCUGCUUAUCAUAUCCAUUGUCUGAAUCCACAAUUAAAAGUUAUACCAGAUGGGGAGUGGCACUGUCCUCGCUGUUCUUGUGAACCUCUUAAAGGAAAGGUUCACAAAAUUCUCACUUGGAGAUGGUCAGAGCCACCAAAAUCUGCAGAGGACGAGCUGGAUCAUACACAUAAUGAGAAAAAAUUGGAACACAAACCCACUCGUGAAUUUUUCAUCAAAUGGCAAGAUAUGUCUUACUGGCAUUGUAGUUGGAUUCUAGAACUGCAGCUUGAUGUGUAUCACCCAGCCAUGUAUCGAAACUACAUGCGUAAAAAUGACAUGGAUGAACCACCCCCUCUUGAAGACGGCAGCAGUUAUGGUCAGAAGGAUCGGUCAAACUUUGAUAACAUUGAAAACCUUGAAGAAAGGUUUUAUCGGUAUGGUGUGCGACCAGAAUGGUUGCAAAUCCAUCGAGCUAUUAACCACAAGGUUACAAGAGAUGGGAAAGUAUGGUACUUAAUGAAAUGGAGAGAUUUACCUUAUGACCAGUCAACAUGGGAAUGUGAAGACACACUCAAGGACUUGAACCUUGACUGGAAGAAAUACGUUGAUGAUUACGAAAACUUAAGAAAUAUGAUGUACGGAGGUGGUGGGGUCGAUAAAAAGAAAUCAAAAGUAAAGGGGAAAAAAAUGAAAGAUGGACGAGAAUCGGAUAAUGUUUCUCGUACGCCACCCCUCUAUCCUACUUCUGAUCUCCGCAAAAAACUAGACAUUCAGGCAGACUACAUAGACUCUACUGGUGGUACUCUACAUGGCUAUCAGCUAGAAGGCUUGAACUGGUUACGCUACUCUUGGGCCAAUGGCACAGACACCAUAUUAGCUGAUGAAAUGGGUCUUGGCAAAACCAUUCAAACCAUUACAUUCCUCUAUUCAUUAUUUAAAGAGGGCCAUUCAAGAGGUCCUUUCCUUGUAAGUGCCCCACUUUCAACAAUCAUCAAUUGGGAAAGAGAGUUUGAGUUCUGGGCACCUGAAUUGUAUGUUGUUACAUAUGUCGGAGACAAGGAUAGUCGGGCAGUUAUUCGAGAACACGAAUUUUCGUUUGAUGAAGGAGCCAUCCGGGGUGGUAGCAAAGCCUGCAAAAUGAAGCAAGGUUAUAAUGUCAAAUUCCAUGUUUUACUAACUUCUUACGAGUUGGUUAGUAUUGAUCAAGCUACUCUAGGAUCAGUUGAAUGGGGCGUUCUGGUAGUCGACGAAGCUCACCGAUUGAAAAACAAUCAAUCGAAGUUUUUCCGAGUCUUAAGUGCAUACAAAAUUGGCUACAAGCUACUACUAACAGGAACACCAUUACAGAACAACUUGGAAGAACUUUUCCAUCUAUUGAACUUCAUGAGCCCCGAAAACUUCAACGAUCUUCAAGGUUUUUUGGAUGAAUUUGCUGAUUUAUCUAAGGAAGAACAAGUGAAAAAAUUGCACGACUUACUUGGUCCCCAUUUACUUCGACGCCUUAAAGCUGAUGUACUGAAAGGUAUUCCAGCAAAGAGUGAGUUUAUUGUGCGUGUGGAGCUGAGCAACAUGCAGAAAAAAUACUACAAAUAUAUUCUUACUCGAAAUUUUGAGGCUCUUAAUUCAAAAGGCGGGAAUCAAGUAUCUCUGCUGAACAUCAUGAUGGAUUUGAAGAAAUGUUGCAACCACCCCUAUCUCUUCCCUAUAGCAUCUGCUGAAGCGCCCAGAUUACCAAAUGGUGCUUUUGAAGGGAACAGUUUGACAAAAGCAUGUGGCAAAUUAGAAUUGCUGCAAAAUAUGCUUCGUUUACUGAAAGAUGGCGGACACAGAGUGCUGAUCUUUUCUCAGAUGACCAAGAUGUUGGACAUUCUGGAAGAUUUUUUGGAAUUUGAAGGCUACAAAUAUGAAAGAAUUGAUGGCGGAAUUACUGGAUCGCAACGCCAGGACGCUAUCGACAGAUUUAAUGCUCCUGGAGCCCCUCAAUUUUGUUUCUUGUUAUCUACACGUGCUGGUGGAUUGGGUAUCAACUUGGCAUCAGCAGACACAGUUAUCAUUUAUGAUUCAGACUGGAAUCCUCAUAAUGAUAUUCAGGCAUUCAGUCGAGCUCAUCGGAUUGGUCAAGCUAACAAAGUUAUGAUCUACCGUUUUGUAACCAGAGCUUCAGUUGAAGAAAGAAUUACUCAGGUGGCUAAAAAGAAAAUGAUGCUUACUCACUUGGUUGUACGUCCAGGACUUGGCAACAAAGGAGGAACUAUGUCAAAGCAGGAACUUGAUGAUAUCUUGAAAUUUGGUACUGAAGAACUUUUCAAGGAAAAUGGUGAAAACUCUGACUGGUCAUGCUAUGAUGAUGAAAAAAAAAUUGUUUACGAUAUCGAAGCUAUUUCCAAGUUGUUGGAUCGUACUCAAGAAGGCCAAGUAGAAAAGGAAAUAGCUAUGAAUGAAUAUCUAAGUUCUUUUAAAGUGGCCAGCUAUCAAGUGAAAGAAGGUGAACAAGAGGAGGAACCCGAAACAGAAAUCUUAAAACAAGAAGCUGAACAUGCUGACCCAGCGUACUGGGAGAAACUAUUAAGACACCACUAUGAACAGCAACAAGAAGACCUAGCCAGAACCCUAGGUAAGGGUAAAAGAGUUCGAAAACAAGUCAACUAUAAUGAUGCCAUGAAUGGACAAGAUGACGAUGCUUGGAAAGACAGCAUGUCAGACUUUGAUUCAGACUUCAGUGGACCAACAGAAGAUGAUGAUGACUUUGAAGACAAACAAGAAUCCCGUAGCAAUAGGAAGCGGUCCGGAGUGUCAGACAGGGACAAACCACUGCCACCUUUGUUAGCUCGAGUCAAUGGUCAAAUAGAAGUACUGGGUUUCAAUGCGCGUCAACGAAAGGCAUUUUUAAAUGCAGUAAUGAGAUACGGAAUGCCACCUCAAGAUGCUUUUAACUCACAAUGGCUGGUACGAGAUUUAAGAGGUAAAUCGGAGAAAGUAUUUAGAGCAUAUGUGUCCCUGUUUAUGAGGCAUCUUUGUGAACCAGGCGCUGAUAAUGCGGAAACAUUUGCUGAUGGUGUCCCUCGCGAAGGUCUAUCGAGGCAGCAUGUCUUGACUAGAAUCGGCAUCAUGUCCCUUGUCAGAAAAAAGGUUCAAGAAUUUGAAGCUAUCAAUGGCACCCACAGCAUGCCUUAUAUGAAGGCAACUGAGGCGUUAGAGAGAAUCAAAAAAGAAAAAGACGCGCCCGCAGCUGGCGCAGAUGAUGCCAAAUCAGAAGACAUUGAUGUUGAUGAAGAGACUAAAGAUCAAAGUAUUAGUGCAUCUGAUGUUAAAAAGGAAAACGAUGGCAAAGACACUGAUAAAACUGAAAAAUCCGAGAAAACAGACAAAACAGACAAAACCGACAAAACUGAAAAGACAGAAAAAACUGAAAAGACAGAAAUAACUGAAAAGACAGAGAAAACUGAAAAGACAGAGAAAACAGAAACGACAGACAAAACUGAUAAACCCGACAAAACCGAAAAACCCGACUCAGUCGAUAAACCAGACUCGGUCGAUAAGACGGAGAAACCCGAGGAAAGUGAAAAGACAGAGACGACUGACACAACAGAAGAAAGUGAUAAAACUGAACAAACAGGAGCUGCUUCUACAGAAAAAGGAGGAGGAGAUAAAAGUGAUAAAGAGGAAAGCAAGCUGGGUGGUGACAAGGGAAAUAAACCUGGGGACAAAGAUAAUGAGGAUAUGGAUGUAGAUAAACCUGAAGAGAAGAAAGAUGACAAAGAAAAAGCAGCCACUGAAGAAGCUGGCGAGAAGUCAGAGAAGAAAGAGGUGGCGAGUCCAGAGAGUAAAGACAAAGAGGAAAGCAUGCAAAUUGAUGAACCCAUUUCCAAAAAGGAAGAAGAAAGCAAUGCUAAAGGCAAAGAUGAAGACAAAGAGAAAGACACAAAGAUGGAAGUUGAUGAAGUUAAAGAUCUGAAGUCUGACAAAGAAAAAACGGGAACUGACACAAAAGAAUCAAAGUCUGAAGACAAAGUGGAAACUCUUGAUAAAGUGAAAAAAGAAGAUAAGGUUAAGGAUAAGAAAGAAGGAGAGAAAGCUACAGAAGAAAAAGAAGAAAAGAAGCAAGAUGAAACUGAUGAACAGUCUUCGACACAGUCCCAACCUCCUAAGACCGUUGAUCUGAAGAAAGAAGAACAGAAUCAAAAGUUUAUGUUUAACAUUGCUGACGGAGGUUUUACUGAAUUGCAUACUUUGUGGCAAAAUGAACAGAGAGCUUUGCAGCCGGGCAAAGAACAUGAGGUUUGGCACAGGCGCCAUGAUUACUGGUUAUUGGCUGGCAUUGUUACCCAUGGAUAUGGUCGCUGGCAAGAUAUCCAAAAUGACAUCCGUUUCCAAAUUAUCAAUGAACCAUUCCAAAGUGAACAGGGGAAAGGUAACUUCCUAGAGAUCAAGAAUAAAUUCCUAGCUCGUCGCUUCAAGCUGCUGGAGCAAGCUUUAGUGAUUGAGGAACAGCUAAGAAGAGCAGCUUACCUUAACUUAACGCAAGAUCCUAACCAUCCUGCUAUGGCACUUAAUGCCAGGUUUGCUGAAUUAGAAUGCUUGGCAGAAAGUCACCAGCAUUUGUCUAAAGAAUCUUUGGCUGGAAACAAACCAGCUAAUGCUGUCCUACACAAAGUUCUCAAUCAGCUCGAAGAAUUACUCAGUGAUAUGAAACAAGAUGUUAGCCGUUUACCUGCCACCCUGGCCCGCAUACCUCCUGUGACACAGAGGCUCCAAAUGUCUGAACGCAACAUCUUAAACCGUCUUGUCAAUCCUGGACAGACAACCACUACCGCUCCACCAUCAGCACCUCCUACAAUACCACCUCAGCAGAGCCCUGCUGCUACACCAACGCCUACGUCGGCUGUAUCAGCCCAAUCCUCACCUCAAGCAUCACCCUUCAUGAACACUUCCAACUUCUCAUCUCCAUAUUCAAGCAGUGUGCCACCCUAUCGACCACAGUAUGGUAUGCCUCCACAGGGUAGGUAACAACUUGUGUGACGUUCCAAGCACAAACCCAGUGUACCUUUCCCUUUUGUUUCCCCUCGCUAUUCUUUAUAAUGCCCUCCUCUCCUGGAGCGUAGAUACUAAAGAGGGGGGAAUAACAGAAAGGUCACAUUUUGCUUUUUACUACCAUUCUCAUUGUAUCAAGCUCAGCAUUAAUCAUCCAGCACAAACUUGUAAAUUUUCAACUGUGGGUUCAUACAUACAAUUUAUAAUUACAUGAUUAUUUUAAUUAGAAACAUCUCAACAAUUAAAUUUUCUAAGCCAUUCAUAAUGGAAAUUUUUGUUUUUAUAUAUUGAGACUUUGAACUGGGAAAAUACAGUUUUCCUGAAUGAAAAUUUGCAUGUUGGUAAAGACUUUGUUACAUAUAUAUCUAUAUAUAGUAUGAAGAGUCUUUAGCUUACCAUAUUUGGAAUUUUGCCCCUUUCCCCUGACUAAAAUGAUGCUGAUCUUACACAGCAGUCGAGAGGAACUGUUGGAAACUGACAGUUUUGCUUACAUCCAAAAGCAUCUUUUCAUAUUUUUGUUAUUUGUAAUUUCAGGACUAGCAUGUGAUACUAUUUCUACGGUGGAAUAGUUUCCAGAGAUUCUUAGUCAAAUAAAUGCUAUGUUCAAAGUAGAAAUUUUGCAUUAGAUCCACAAAGAAUAUUUGACAGCUAAAAAAAAAGAAUCUAAUUGGCUAUUGUCAUUAUAUAAUGACAAAAUUUAAAUAACCCACUGUUUAAAGUGACCCAAACCUGUAAACUCUGUCUUUCCACUUAGAUUUCAAAUCAUCUUUUGCUUUCUGCUUUUUUUUUUAUUACAUAAUUUUUUUUUUAGUUUUCUUUACAGGAUUUUCUAGUAUGUGAUAUUAUUAAGUUAAUUAUUCUAAUUUAAAUUAAAUCUUGUAUGAUUUGAAGAAAGCCUUUUCCACUCCUCUGUGUGGUUGGAACAUGAAUUUGUUGUGUAAACCAACCAAAAGACAUCAGUAGUUUUCUCUCUUCUAAAUACUGCUAUAGUAACAUCACCACCACCACCACUACUACUACUACUUUUACUACUAUCACCACUACUACCACCACCACCACCACCAUCAUCAUCCAACUUUCAAAUAGUGUUUCAUUUAUUUUAACACUCCACUGUCUUGAUCAGUUGGGACAUUUGUUUGAUAAAUAAAAUUAAAAAAAAAUAUUUACCAACUUUUAAAAUAAACCUUAAAUCAUCUAAAAAAA